AUGACCCUACAAACUGUACAACCAUUGCCGGCUUUGUCACCGCCACUGUCCAGUCCUCCUCCACCGUCAACCAGUACAGGAGGCAGCGACGAUACAGAUGAAAUUGGAUCUGCAGAAUUCUUGCAAUUUGACUUGGCCACCAUUAGAGUUUCUACAGAUGACUUUUCUGAAGCAAAUAAACUUGGACAAGGCAGAUUUGGAUCUGUUUACAGGGGUAGGCUUCUCAAUGGAGAAGAUAUAGCUGUAAAAAGGCUCUCUACAAAUUCGGGGCAAGGAGAUUUAGAAUUCAAAAAUGAGGUCUUAUUAGUGGCUAAACUUCAACACCGGAAUUUAGUUAGACUCCUAGGUUUCUGCUUAGAAGGGAGUGAAAGGCUUCUUGUCUAUGAAUUUGUCCCUAAUGCAAGUCUCGAUCACAUCAUAUUUGACCCAACAAAGCAUGCACAACUAGAUUGGGGGAGGCAAUACAAAAUCAUAGUAGGCACUGCUUGA